ACUGUUAUAGCCAUUUCCAACUGCUUCUAGAAUCAUCUCGACACCCGCUCCGUCUCUCUCUUUUUUUUUCUCCCUUCACUCAAAACCGCCCAAAACUCAAAAAAAUCAACAGACAAAACAUAAAAACAAUGUUCGGCGUGGUCUUCCCGAAUCGAAGUUUCCCAAUGGACAUCUCAACCUUCGUCCAAAUCGACACUUCCCACUGGGUUCUCGACAUGAACCACUUCGUCGGCGAAGCAUACGAUCAAAUCGGAGAGAUGUGCAUCUUCCUACUCAACAACUUCACUCUCCCACCCGACAAAGCACUAGCCGUCUACGUCCAAUCCCCAGGAUCCGCCUUCGCCUUCUGCGGCGCCGUAACCGUAUCUCGACCCUCGGCGGUUUUGUCCCUGCAGUGGCCGGAGCCUGGAAGCGCGGCGCAGAUGCAGCUCACGGCGGGGGAUUCGGGUCCUUUGUCGGCGAAAAUCGGAAUCUCGGUGGAGGACGCGGCGUCGCUUCAGUCGUUGGAUGUGGCGGCGGAGAGGAAAAUCGAGCGGUUGGCGAUGAGAGUUGGGGAGAAUCUGUUUAAUUUCAUGCAGUCGUUUUGCGGCGUCGAUGGGAGCAAGUUGGUUGUUCCGAUGGAUAUAUUGGAUCGGUGGUUUAAGAAGUUUCAGGAGAGAGCUAAACGUGAUCCUGGUUUUCUCAAAAGCUUUGCUUUGUAGAAUGGUUUGGUUUUUGUGUCUUUUGAUCUUGUCUUAAUCUCAGAUGUUAGGUUUUUUUUCGCAAUUUGACUAUGGGUUCUGUAUAAGAAACUGUAGUUCGAUUUAGUUUGCCAAUGAGUAAAAUAUUUGCUUUAUGUUUU